AUGGAAAUGGCGCUGUUUGACACAACCCCUGAGUGUGACAGAGACCUCGUCACGUGGAACUCCAUUCUCGCUGCUUAUGCCCGCGCCGAAGAACUCGACGGGGAGAAAACUCAAGAGGGUUUUCGCCUCUUCCACCUUCUUCGUCAAUCCGUGGCGCUUACCACCAGUCAUACCAUGGCCCCUCUCUUCAAGAUGUGCCUCUUCUCUGGUUCUUUCUCUGCUUCCGAGACGCUGCACGGUUACGCUGUCAAGAUUGGGUUGCAAUGGGAUGUGUUUGUGGCUGGGGCUUUGGUGAAUAUCUAUGCCAAGUUUCGACAGAUUAGAGAUGCCUGUGUGCUAUUUGAUAGGAUGCCUCUGAGGGAUGUGGUGCUCUGGAACGUGAUGUUGAAGGCCUAUGUGGAAAUGGGGUUUGGGGAUGAAGCGUUGCGCCUCUUCUCCGCGUUUCACCGAAGUGGGCUGCGUCCCGAUGGCGUCAGUGUCCGAACUCUUCUAAUGGGGUUUGGUCAAAAAACUGUUUUUGAAAAGCAGUUGAAUCAGGUUCGAGCUUAUGCCAGUAAGUUGUUUCUUUGUGAUGAUGAGUCGGAUGUCAUUGUGUGGAACAAGACCUUGUCUCAAUAUCUCCAAGCAGGAGAACCUUGGGAAGUUGUUGAUUUUUUUAAAGACAUGGUCAAAUCACGUGUCCCAGACAUGGAAAUGGGUAUGAACCCGAUUCAGGAAGAGAAGAAUUGGGGUAAUUGGUUGGGGAAUUGGGGAAGGGUAUGA